AUGUCUGCCCAGGAAAAGGCUCAGAAUUACCUCAGCAGCUUGGACAAGGAGCUCUCCAAGUACCCUGCGCUGAACAACCUCGAGAAGCAGGCUGGUGUCCCGAAGGCGUAUGUCGUCAUUGGAGUCGCCGCUCUCUACUUCUUCCUCAUCAUCUUCAAUCUCGGUGGCCAGCUCCUCACCAACUUCGCUGGCUUCAUCAUCCCGGGCUACUACUCUCUCCAAGCUCUUUUCACUACCACCAAGGACGAUGACACCCAGUGGUUGACUUACUGGGUUGUCUUCUCAUGCUUCACUAUUAUCGAGAGCUUCUUCAACAUUGUCUACUGGUUCCCUUUCUACUUUGUUUUCAAGUUUGUUUUCCUCCUGUGGCUUUCUCUGCCCAUGUUCCGUGGUGCCGAGAUCAUCUUCCGAUCUUUCAUGGUCCCCACUCUCGGCCGAUACUUCCAGCAGCCCGGCUCAACCUCUGCUGGUCUUCGCUCCAAGACUGGUGGUCUUGACAAGUCCGACUAA